GCCCAUAUAUAGCCACCUGCCAAGGCGCCAAGUCUAUGCUCCUAGAAAAUUAGAAAUUUUCAAACACAAAAAGACUGAAGGAGAAGAAGAUACUUGAGAGACUGAGCAAUGAAAAGAGGCGGUGGAAGUGGAAGUCGGAGUCGGAGGUCUUCAGCUGCGAAGUUUCUGGAAACGCCAUUGCCGUCGUUGCCAGUAGCUUCUUCUCCUGAAAACCAAACUACUCCCAAAUCGGCGACUUUCAAUAACAGCAGCAAGCGCAAGAGGACGACUGUCACUGUCGGAGCAGCCAUUGGAGGACCUUCAGCCUCUGUGGCCGCGCUCAUGGAAUCACCUCAAACCAAUAGUUUGGCUUCGAUUCCUGAUCUCAAGCACCUCGCCUCCUCUCGCCUCCGCGAUCUCAAGCUUCACAUCGAUCGCUCUCACUCUGAGAUCCUCAAGGAUUUCGAUUCCUCUCAUUCUCGCCUCCACAAGCGGUUCAAGAUUCAAAGUCAAGCAUGUCAGCAAGUGCUGGAUGAGACAGACAAGGAAUACAAGAAGAUGACCCAAAGGAUUACCGAAAGUCGGGAAGCAAUGAUGGCUUCAUAUGCAGAGUUCAUGGCAGAUGCACAGACCACUGCUUCUCGUGCUUGCAAAACAUCCAUAACUGAGUUUUCACAGUCCUUUGAGAAAGGAAUUGAUGCUCUUCGGAGCCGCUAUGGGAUUUCAACAAAUUAGCCAUCAAUUGUUCAUGCCAUAUGAUAUCCACCGGAAAUUUUAGGGAUGUAUAGUGGAGAAGGUAGCAGUAUGGAUUCCAAAGGAUCUCCGAUCUUCUACUUCAGACUGAUACGAUGACAGGGAUUUAGAAACAUAAUACUCUUGACCAUCUUGCGGUUUCAAUACUAAGCAUCAUCUGAAUUUUAUAGCAUUUGUUAUGUGAUGAAACAAAAAUUCAUUGUUCUGGCCGACUAUUACAGUACAUAUUUGGCCCCGUACUACGCUUUUGCGCGAUGAAUAUUAC